AUGGUAUCAACACCAGGUGCAGGGCCUAGCAGACCAACCCCUCCACAGAUACAAUCGCAACCUUUACCGCAACCUCAUUCACAAUCACAUCAUCGCUCACAAUCACAGUCACAAACACAGUCACAGUCCAACGCGACGCAACCUACAAGGCCACCCAAACGGCUGAGAACAAGGCGUGCUUGCGAUUAUUGUAGAGAACAUAGGAUAAGAUGCGAGUACACCAAUGGAAGCGAACAAGGCUCCUGUGCCCAUUGCGAGAACUUCGGUAUCCCCUGCAUGAAAGUUGCAGAAGCCCCGCCAGAUGAAAGACCACGCGCAGCCAAAAUGCAGAAGAGCGGCGGAGGAUCAUCAGCAAGGGAUGAGUCUGCGACUAUGAGUGAAUCACCGAGGGCUUUGAUUCCAGGUACUGUAACAGAUCAUCUAUAUCUGGGUCCAACAUCUUUCUCUCAGCAAGUCCAUCACCAUUUCUCCGGCACGCCUUUCGCCCUGGAUCAACUCCGAUAUCUAGAAGAGAAAUUGGAACUAUCCUACGAUGUUUUUCAGUGGGCCAAAGGCACGGGAUACCUCGUUGGUAGCAGGGGGAACAUGGCUAGCUCGCCUUUACCCGUUUCUCCUCAGAACCGUCGGAUCAAUCAAAGUAGCGCACCUACUUUUUCAAGAAUCAAUGAUAAGAUAGUUGAAGAGAUUGGUGGUAUCACGAUGUGGAACAAAUUCUGUCAUGGUCAAAUUGUACCUAAUAAUAUACAUGUUCCAUCGGUGAUGUAUCAAGCCCAAACUCGGAUAAUCCCUGUGUGGCCAGUAGCUUCAGUCCACGAGAGUCUGGGCUCUGAGGGACCGACAGAAGAGUUUUUACAGACUUUCAUCACCCAUCAUCCGGAAUCAGCGCCAAUAACCCCGCCCCCGCGCGCAACUCGGCUGGCGUUAUGCACUCUCGCAGCUAUGUCACGCGAUGUCCCCUCCAACAUUCGCGAGUCCUUGCUAUCAGCUCUCAAUGCAGCUGUGGAUGCCCAUGACUUCGCCACCAGCUCGCUAUCUACGGUCCAGCUUUUACUUCUGCUUAGUGUCAAUGAUGUGUUGGCAAACGAGAUUGGCAGGCCAGGUAGGGCGGUAUACAACGCGACUAGAAUGGCUACGGAAAUCGCUCUGCAUCGUAAUGUGUCACCCACCUUCUCUGCGGUUUCUCAUCUGCAUCGUCGAGCUCGAGUCUGGGGUGCUUGCAUCAUCGCAGAUCGAUGGUGCUCGGUUCGACAGGGUCAGAUGCCCAGUCUCGAUCUGUCUCAUGCAGAUGCACCUCUCCCCUUCUCCUAUCCAGAUCAUGUUGUAGAGCCGGACCUCACUCUAACACCAUGUUUUAUGUUCCAUCUUGCUAUGACACGUUUGGCGGAGUUGUUAGGCCGAGCAUAUCACCUGACUGGUACACCUGCUGGACUCGCACGAGCUGAAGACCUCAAGCUAUUAUUGUGGCAGAGAGAUUUUGAAGCAUGGGUAGAAGGGCUUCCCGCUCAGUGGCCAUACUCAUUCCGACUGGAAACCCCAGAGGCAGCUUCCAUUUUGAGUCUGCUGGCGGUCUCAGUGUUAUAUACGUUCCUUCAACCAUUCUUUUGGCCUACUGCUCCUAUACCACCCAAUCUGGCAUAUCGACCGCCAGCAAAGAUGAUGGAAGACUUGCAGAGUAGAUCGACAGCAGCGAUAAAUUGGGUCAGUGGACCGGGGCAGUAUUACUUGGAUAUCUGGCCAAUGCUCAUACACCCAUUUCUGAGCUGUCUGCUUGUACAAGCCAAAGGUCUGCGUUCUGGUGAUCCCCUAGCUGCGGUCAUGUUAGACACCGGUAUUCAGAGCAUACAGAGUUGGGCGGAAUGUGGACCGAACCGAUCACUCAUGCAUCUACCUCGCGAUGCUAUCUCGAAAACAGUAGAAAUCCUCAAGACAGAACAAGUCUUAGUAUUUCCUUGGAUACCGGCUACCAUCAGUAACUGGAUGACGGAAAUGAAUCUGUAG